UCCCGCUACUAAAAGAACCCAAAGGCUGUCUGCCUUUUCUAAAUCUCCCGGGAAAACAAAUAUUAAUCGGAAAAGAUGAGUACCAUGAAGUUUUGCCGCGAAUGCAACAACAUCCUCUACCCGAAGGAAGACAGGGACCAGAAGAUUCUCCUCUACGCUUGCCGCAACUGCGAUCACCAGGAGGUGGCUGAAAACAACUGUGUGUAUAGAAAUGAAGUGCAUCACUCUGCUGGUGAACGCACUCAAGUGUUGCAGGAUGUGGCUGCUGAUCCCACUCUUCCUCGGACUAAAGCCGUUAUUUGCGCCAAUUGUAAACAUGGAGAGGCUGUGUUCUUCCAGGCAACUGCUAGAGGGGAGGAAGGUAUGACACUGUUUUUUGUCUGCUGUAAUCCAAACUGUGGGCAUCGAUGGAGAGAUUGAGAUUGAGAUGUAGUUGGUCUCAUAAGU